AGACACGUCACGGCUUUGCACGUGAGUCGAGAGCACAAAGAUGGCAUGUCAGAUAGAAUAACGGCAAUGCCCUUAUUCACAGAUGACAUGCUAAAAAACCAACGAGGUGAAGUCGUGCCUUUAGCAGACCUCGCAGGAAAAUCAGUAGGACUCUUGUUCUGUGACGGUGACACACCAAUAUGCCUGGCAACAAUGCCACUAAUUAUACAGUUCUACAACAGUAUCAAUGGACAGGGUCUAGCUAAGAAAAUUGAAAUCGUCUACAUCAGCUGCGAUGAAUCACAAGAAGCAUUCGAACGCAAUAUAAGGCGAAUGCCAUGGCUACAUAUAGACUAUAACGAUAGGAUACUUGCGGUACUGAGGAAUAGGUACAAUGUUAUAGACCCAGGAACUGAAUAUGGUAACUAUAAUGCAGUAGAAAUACCAUCUAUCAUCGUUGUAAAUAGCAAUGGAGGUGAAAUACAACGCUUCCCAUUGUAUCACGGAAGAGAGCAGAGCAGCCAAACACUUAGGAGAUGGGACUGGCGCAACUGCUUAUUUGCUUAGUUAACCUGAGAGA